AUGCCUUCUCUAGAGGAUCACUCGGGUCUCAAGCAUCGCGAGGACCAAGAGCAAUCCACCAGACCAGAAGAAGAUACACAGCAGGCUCUAUUCCACCAAGUAUACGAAUGGCUUCACCAUGAGAAAACCAGACGACAGAAUCGUAAAGCACGGAAAGCCGAAGCAACUCCCCAUGCAACAAACGAAGGCCAAUCAGCCGAAGAAGAUGGUGUUUUAGGAAGACGCAGCUCGGACACCUCGAACACCUCGGAAAGCACUUUUUCCCUGGAUAAACUGGAAAAAAUCCUCCUCCAAUAUGCGACUACCCGACCUAGAAGUUCAAUGGGUUUGCCCCACAAACAACCUGUCAAACGGCAAUCUAAGCAUCGCCUUACCGGCCUACGACGAGGCUCGGCAUCCGAGUCUGAACUCACAGAUGCCGACGGGGCCCCUCCAGGCGUGGAAGCAUUCCUUGACAAUACAAAGACGCUUGCCUACACCGGUGGCGCUGCAGUAGAAGAAAUCGCCGACUCCAGUGCGAGUGUGAAACAAGCAAAGGAUGCCGAGGCCUGGGUUGUUUUCAAGUCCGAGAUCGUGCGUAUUGUACAUACCCUGCAGCUGAAGGGCUGGCGCAGAGUUCCCGCAGAUCUGGCGCCAGAUAUUGAAGUGGUCAGGCUCAGCGGUGCUCUCACGAACGCUGUGAAGCCCCCACCGAAGCUUCUCUUGCGUAUCUAUGGUCCUCAAGUCGAUCAUCUAAUCGACCGAGAGAACGAGCUGCAAAUUCUUCGUCGCCUCGGAAAGAAGAACAUUGGCCCACGCAUUCUUGGAACUUUCCUCAAUGGCCGGUUCGAAGAAUACUUUGAGGCUCGCCCACUCACCCCCAAGGAGCUGCGGAUGCCUGAAACGGCGAGACAGGUUGCCAAGCGGAUGAGAGAAUUGCAUGAUGGCGUUGAACUUCUUGAAGAAGAACGCGAAGGUGGACCUAUGAUCUUCAAGAACUGGGAUAAAUGGGUGGACCGUUGCGAACAAGUGACGACCUGGCUGGAUAAAGAAAUCCAAUCUCCUCAAAACGAGGCUAAAGCUGCACUGGAACCAUGGCGUCGCCGCGGCUAUGUCUGCGGCGUAACAUGGGACGUGUUCCGCAAAGCCGUGGAUAACUACCGGCGUUGGUUGGUUGCCAGCUCUGGUGGAACUGCCGAGAUCAAGCGACAGCUAGUAUUUGCACACAAUGAUACUCAAUAUGGCAAUCUACUUCGCAUGGAGCCAGCCACGGAGUCACCGCUGCUUUUGCCUGCAAAUGAACACAAACAGCUGAUUGUCAUCGACUUUGAGUACUCUUCUGCCAAUACACGUGGACUUGAGUUCGCCAACCACUUUACCGAGUGGUGCUACAACUACCACGACGAAGAGCGCUCAUGGGCUUGCAACAACCGCAACUACCCGACAUCGGAACAGCAGUACAAUUUCGUGUCAACAUACCUUACCCACCGACCUUCUAGCGCCGGCGGACCUAUUUCACCUCUGUCCUCGCCAACUAUUCGCGCUCGCGCCCCUGUUGCGGUUGCACCAUUGGACCUGGACGAUGUCUCAGAAAGGCCCAGCUCACGGCUUUCGCAAAAUGAGCAGUCUAAGGAGGCUGAACUUGACGCAGAGGUGCGACUCCUCAUGCAGCAGACCCGGAUGUGGCGGGCGAUGAACUCCGCGCAGUGGGUAGCUUGGGGUAUUGUCCAGGCCAAGGUGCCUGGCAUGGAAGAAGGUAUUGCUGAGAUGCUUGCUGCUCGCAACGGGCCAAGCGAAAACGGCAACGACGAUGACACCAAGACGCCGCCUGUCGAUGCUGAUGUCGGCGAAGAAGAUGACGGUGACUUUGACUACCUAGCCUACGCGCAGGACCGAGUCAUGUUCUUCUGGGGCGAUCUGCUGUCACUGAACUUGAUCAAAGCAGAGGAACUGCCUGCGCCUCUAUUGGAGCACAUCAAGUCGCGACUUGUCACAUACUAA